AUACGCCCACUGACAAAUAGACGUAUCACUUGGAACAAAUUGCGAUAAAAAUCAUCGUCACGGAAACAUAAUCGCCCAAUGCUAACCAGGCUGUGUUACGCAAAUCACUCAGUAGGUGGCAGUAGUGAGCAAACGUCAAACAGGAACAAAAACGAUGCGAGCGCCGUGACCGAGCGAUUUCCAAACUACAAAAUAUUUGAACUAAUCAUUAAAAAGGGUAACGAUGAGAAGAUCUUAGCUGCUUCUCGCAGGACUCAUUUGACGUCGUACAAUGGACAAAUGAUUACUUCAAAUCUAACGGAAAUGUGGAAAACAAAAAAGCCAUGGUUUCGUCUCUGGUGUCGAGGCUUCAGCUGUAUGUGGAACAGAUGAACUACUCUUUGGAAAAGUCCAGCCACCAGCUGAUAGUCACCAUGCCCCACGUGAUAAAAGACGUCAAAAUGAUCCAAACGGAAGUGGCCACGUUAACAGAAAAGAUGCGUGAGCUGCAGAGCGACAUUAGCCACGUGAACAGGGACACGGGCGUCUACAUGCAUCAGUUGGAACGGCUAGAAGGGGUGUACCAGAAAAUAAGCAUGGCCAAGCACGGCAUGAAGGAAUCAGAUGGAUGGGGCAAACUAACGGCCGAACUGGACGACUUACUUGAGAGGAAUGACAUUUUCGGAUCAAAGAAUAAGUUUAUCGAUCUCAAGAAGUCGAUAUCUGCGCAGGCCGGUCUACCAGGUCAAACCGAGCGCACACAGCAGUUUGAAUAUUUUACCAAUCGGAUGGAAGCUUUAGCUAGCCCAGCAGUCAUACAGUUUAUUCAGCAGGGUGAUGUGACGCAAUGUCUCAAAUAUGUCGAAAUUUUCAGAAUAAUCGAACGUUUGCCGCAGCUAAAGCAAUGCUACCGAACAGUACACAAGAACGCACUAGUAGAAAAAUGGUCGAAAAUUGCCGAAGCCGAAGAUAGCUACGACCUGAAUAACGUCCUAUCUGAGUUUAAUAAUGUGGUUUUGGAGUUUCUUCAAAAUCAACAAAAAUGGUGCAAACAAGUUUUCCAGAGUCACGCGGAACCUUUAGAUACCGUUGUGGAUGCCUUGAAAAUUUUACAAAGUCAGAAACAGUCGUUCGUUAUGAAUCAGUUGAAGAAGUCCUCUGGCAAAUUCGAAUAUCUUGCGUCUAUUGCAGCUAGUGAUUACCAAUUUGCUAAUGCUUUGGAGAAAAUUCUGAUCGAAUUACCAGCCGAUAAAGUUGAUGAUUUAUCUUCCGCAAUCUUCCUGUAUUUUGAUGUCUUUGUCGAACAGUAUCCUUCUCUCGAAAGAAGCCUUUCGAAUAGGAUGUUGAACGAUAUGAAGAUGAACAGUGCCAGCGUAGCUGAAAACGUCAGUAUGUUGGAUGCGAGCAAUUCAAAGAGUUUGAAAUGGUUCAACGAGGCAAUCAAUCGUUGCUCAAGUAUUACGCAGAAUAAAUCUCUGGCACAAUUGGUCAACGUGUUCCGCGGUUUUGUUGCGCUUUAUGUUGAAAAGUACUCAACCGUGCAGAAACAGCUGACCCUUAAUCAAACAGAUGAAAUCAACUGGAGUCUUAUGCAGCUGAAUCUUAACUUGCUGCAACAUCUUGGAGAUUUCAUGCAGAUUAUUGAAAAAUGCGAGAAGAAAAUCUUCGCUUUUAUGGAACCUAAGGAAGGUGAUACCAACAAUAGCACUAUCUGCAAUCAGCGAAUUCUUGUCCACAACACAAAAGCGCGGAAUAUCCUAAUGCCAUCAGUUGAGGCAAAUAGCUCGAUAUUUACGAAAGAACUGCAAACCCUGCAAAAAGUAGCCGUUGAGAUCCAUGAUUGCGUGCUGAAACACAUAUUCGUAUACAUCGAAGCCCAAUUCAAACAGGUGGAGUUUACAAUGAAACAACACAGCGAAGGGUAUGACCUUCCCGAUUACAGCUACGCACCGCAGGAGUACAUAACCCAGAUCGGCCAAUAUCUGCUGACCCUUCCCCAACAUUUGGAGCCACUGCUGCUGUCCCCCUCACCGGCUCUGAAAUGUAUAAUGGAGUUCUGCGAGGACAAGUACAAAGGGGAAAAGGCCUGUGCCGAUGUGUUGCUGUUCCUUAUUGUAGAGGAAACCACAGCCAUGUACCAAGAGAAAAUUGACGAAAUACUAAGCCUGUCGGCAUCCGGAGCAAAGCAGCUGGCUACGGAUAUCGAGUAUUUUGGAAACGUUCUCGAGGAAAUGAGCCUAACGUUAAGUACCAACCUACAACAGAUUAUUGUUCUACUGAGGGCACCGUUGGAUCAAUACAAUGCAGUCAGCGUUGGUUACAAUCCUCGAGUUGUAGCAUCAAUCCGGCAGAAGCGAAAUAUUCUCUCAUGUUAGAUGGCAAUGAACGACAGAUCAGCAGUAGUAUAAUUUAUCAGCGCAUGUUUGUUAAAUUUUUACAAAGAAAGAAAUAAAACGCAAUUAAAAACCUUAAA